ACUAUGGCUGCGCACCGACACUAAAUCCGCUAGAUUACUAAAACCCGUCCCACACCAAGGAAGCGAUGAAUGCUUUUUACCUUUUUUUAACGAAUGUUAAUGUUCGGACAAGCUGAGACAAUUUACACCUUGAAGAAAACUAAUGAAACACUCUGUGGAAUACUUCUCUUUUGAAGGACUCGUCGUUUUCCUCUAGUAUCUGGACUUACCAAAACAGUGUCAAAAGGCUAAGCUAAGUAUGAGAGCGACACCGUGUUGACCAGGCAGAUAUUAAUAACUAAUGAGACACAUGUGAAUGUAAGGAAACUGAAACUGCUUUGCUAUUUACAAGUUGAAUUACUAUUUUUAACUUGGAUGAAGCAGGAUUCAGUAUGUCAUUUUUCAAUUUCCGUAAAAUAUUUAAAUUGGGGGCCGAGAAGAAGAAGAAACAGUAUGAACAUGUGCGCAGAGAUGAAGAUCCAGAGGAAGUAUGGGACAUAAUCGGUGAAUUGGGAGAUGGAGCAUUUGGAAAAGUGUUCAAGGCUCAAAACAAACAGACGCGGAUCCUCGCUGCAGCCAAAGUUAUUGACACAAAGACUGAGGAGGAGUUGGAGGACUACAUGGUGGAGAUUGACAUCCUGGCCUCGUGCGACCACCCAAACAUUGUCAAACUGCUCGACGCUUUCUAUUUUGAGGGCAAACUCUGGAUCCUCAUUGAGUUCUGUGCAGGAGGGGCUGUGGAUGCAAUCAUGCUAGAACUGGAGAGAGCCCUGACAGAACCUCAGAUUAGGGUGGUGUGUAGGCAGACUCUGCAGGCCCUUGUCUACCUCCACAAUAACAACAUCAUCCAUAGAGACCUGAAGGCUGGAAACAUCCUCCUCACGCUGGACGGUGACGUCAAACUGGCUGAUUUUGGUGUAUCUGCAAAAAACACCAAAACACUACAGAGGAGAGACUCUUUUAUUGGAACACCCUACUGGAUGGCUCCAGAGGUGGUGAUGUGCGAGACCUCAAAGGAUCGUCCCUACGACUACAAGGCUGAUAUCUGGUCCCUCGGAGUCACCUUGAUUGAGUUGGCGCAGAUUGAGCCACCCAAUCACGAGAUGAACCCCAUGAGAGUUUUGCUGAAAAUAGCCAAAGCAGAUCCCCCAACCCUGAUGCAGCCGUCACGCUGGUCGCCAGAGUUCAGUGAUUUCUUAAGGCGGUGUCUGGACAAGCAUGUUGACAACCGAUGGGGUCCUUCACAACUACUACAGCAUCCGUUUGUGUCCAGCGUUUCGGACAGCAGGCCACUAAGGGAGAUCAUAGCUGAGGCGAAGGCUGAGGUUACCGAGGAGAUCGAGGAGCACAAAGAGGAAGAAGAGGAGGAGGAGACAGAAGCACAUCUGGGCCACAAACGCGCCCCCUCCGAUGCCAGCGUUGCCAGCUCAGAGGAUGAAAAGGUCCCCCUCUCGCCCUCCGUUUUGGAACCAGUCCCCGAGAAGGUUGAGCCAAGUCUGCCGGGGCCCACACCUACCAAGCUCCCCGUGGCCAACCAUGUGCUUGACACAAGCUUUGUGGAGGAGCCUGCUGCCCCUGCUGCUGCUGCUGCUGGUAAACACACUCCAGUUGAGGAUAGAGAGGUGGAACAUAAACCAGCAGAGGAGAAGCUUCCAGAAGCAGAAUUGGAUGAUGCCUCCCCGGACACAGAGAUUGAAACAGGGGUACCUGCUGAGGAAAUGCAAAACCUGGAGAUAGCUGUUGAGGAUGAAAAGGAAAUUGACACUGCCGAGGUUCCAAGCAGUCCACAAACCACCACAGAGACCACUGAGCCUCCUCAGGAGGAAAAGAACGACGUCGGUGAGGAACCAAACACACCGGCAGAUGAGGAGGAAGACCCAUACAAGCAUCUGAAGGUGUCAGUGACUCUUCCAGGGCAAGAUAAAGUUGUCCCCAAAAAGGAAAAUGAGGUGGAGAAGACGAUUCCAGACAAAGAUAAGGAUGACAAAGAGAAAGACUCAGACUCGGGGAGUGGCUCUACUGCUGAUAACAGCAGUGUGGACCUGAAUCUGUCCAUCUCAAGCUUUCUGUCCAAAACAAAAGAACCAGGAUCUGUUUCCAUACAGGACACCCGGCGCCAGAAGAAGACGCUGAAGAAGACUCGUAAAUUCAUGGUGGAUGGAGUUGAAGUUAGCGUGACUACAUCUAAGAUCAUCACUGACAAUGACACCAAGAACGAGGAGAUGAGAUACCUGAGACGCCAGGAGCUGAGGGAGCUGCGUCUCCUGCAGAAGGAGGAGCAGAGGGCCCAGCAGCAGCUCAGCAACAAGCUGCAGCAACAGAAGGAGCAGAUCUACAGGCGCUUUGAACAGGAGACAACGAGUAAGAAGCGUCAGUACGAUCAGGAGGUGGAGAACCUGGAGCGGCAGCAGAAACAGACCAUCGAGAGGCUGGAGCAGGAGCACACCAACCGGCUCAGAGAUGAGGCCAAGCGCAUCAAAGCUGAGCAGGACAAAGAACUCUCCAAGUACCAGAACAUGCUGAAGAACCGCAAGAAAGAGGAACAGGAGUUUCUUCAAAAGCAGCAGCUGGACCUGGACAGCGCUCUGAAGAAGAUAAUCCAGCAACACAAACACGAGCUCGCCACCAUCGAGAGAGACUGCCUGAACCACAAGCAGCAGCUUCUCCGAGCACGGGAGGCUGCCAUGUGGGAGCUGGAAGAGCGCCAUCUGCAGGAGAAACACCAGCUGUUCAAACAGCAGCUCAAAGACCAGUACUUCAUGCAGAGACACCAGCUGCUGAAGAGACACGAGAAGGAGAUGGAGCAGAUGCAGCGCUACAACCAGCGUCUGAUCGAGGAGCUGAAGAAUAAGCAGACACAGGAGAGAACCAGACUGCCCAAGAUUCAGCGCAGCGAGGCUAAGACCCGCAUGGCCAUGUUCAAGAAGAGCCUUCGUAUCACCGGAGCAACCAUCAGCGUGGAGCAAGAGAGGGAGAAGGUCAAACAGUUCGCUGCACAGGAAGAGAAGAGGCAGAAGAACGAGAGGCUCCAUCAGCAUCAGAAACAUGAGAACCAGAUGAGAGACCUGCAGCUGCAGUGUGAUGCCAACGUCAGAGAGCUCCAGCAGCUACAGAACGAGAAGUGCCACCUGCUGAUCGAACAUGAGACCCAGAAGCUGAAGGAGCUGGAUGAGGAGCACAGCCUAGAGCUGAAGGAGUGGAGAGAGAAACUACGACCCAGGAAGAAGGCUCUGGAGGAAGAGUUUGCUAGGAAGCUGCAGGAACAGGAAGUGUUCUUCAAGAUGAGCGGAGAGUCGGAGUGCCUUAACCCCUCCUCCCAGAGCCGCAUCUCCAAGUUCUACCCCAUACCAACUGUCCACUCCACCGGUUUCUAGGAGAAACAUAUCUAUACCUGCACAGACAUACACAAACACACAGUCUACAUGCAUACGCUGAGCAUGUGGAUGUGUGUACACACACACACACACACACACACACACACACACACACACACACACACACACACCGACAGUGAGAACCGAGCCUGCGCUGCCUUGCCCUCACCGUCUGGGGACUUCUGGAGGGUGUCAUAACAAGCAUCUCUGUUUCUGGACUUUGGUCCUCAGUCUGAAGCUCUGUCUUUUUUUUUCUGCUCUUUUUAUCAUAUCAUUCAUCAUUUUCACACUAUUACAACCAUUUUAAGGAAAAUGAAGUAGGAUGUUUGCAGAUUCAGCGUAACAGUCAUAACCUCAAAAGCACUGAAGUGAAGUCUGUCUGUCAAACCUCCUUUUACUGAUUGAUUUAUUUCAUUAAAAAAAUCCAGUGCCUGUAGAAAUUGAUGUUUUUGGCUCUAAUGUCUAAAGCAAUUUAAGAUGAUUACAGGUAUUUGCUGCUCAAUUCUUUUUUCUCCUUUAGACAUUUGCACUAAUGAAGAUAUGGCAUCUUUAUACCACUUAAGACAUAAUGUUGGUGAUUUGAUUUGAAAAUGAAGAGCAAACAUAUCACUUAGAGUUGGUGCUGAAAUAGAAUGUAUUUCUGAUGGAGACAUUUUGAACAACACUCCUGUUAAAGAAUCAAUAUGAUACAGUAUAUUUUUAACAGAUAACACUUUGCGCUCUUACUUUAACUUGUGAUACGUUUGAAUAAGCAGGCUAAUGCAUGAUUUCAAAGCAAGCUGCGGGAAUAUGUUCCUGCAGAAAUGAAUCUGUCAUUCAGGGUUUUUCUUCAGAAUGCCUUCCUGUCCCAAGCACACGACUUUAAACUAUUAUCAAGCAACAAGCAGAGGUGUAAAGGAUUGUAGAGGACAAUAAGACGAGGUGUGGAGCUGGUGUUUACAUACAGAGACAAAGGAUCACUGUAAAUUGAAAACUAAGGAAAUCACUGUGGUGGCAGAAAGAAAGACUGUACUUUGUUGGUCCGGUUUUUAUAUUGUAGGUUUUACCACUUUAUUAUUACUAUUACAAGCUACAUGUAUCCAUAGGACUAUUAUUCAGGGCAAUGUAUCGUCUUGCUUACCUGUACAAUAUUUCAAAAUAAAUCAUAACUCUUUUUCAUGAUAUGUACGGCAUCAACAGAUUCUUUACAUUUAACUGCUUCACACUUUCAAUUCAAAAUAGAAACAUUUCAGCAAAACUGAAAAAAAAACAACACUUUUCUUCCUCUGACCUCUCAUAACAUAUUUUGCAACAAGGUGUAUCAUGUGUAGGCCUGCUUUUGUUUUGUUUUUUUAAUGAAAUAAUACUGUUUUUAUUAGUAUGCUAGCUUAUAGCCUCAACACUUCAGAAAAGCUGUCUGGAUAUACUGUAUACCUGAUAUGACUGCCUUUAAAGACUUUAGGCUAACUAAAGAAUUGAUGCUAGCUCGUAAACUCAAUGCUCCUUUUCUAUGACUAUGGAAAAUAAUGACGGUUGUAGAAAUAUUACAUUAGUGUUAUCGGCUGUAUAUAAGAGGUGGACGUCGUACUCGAGCCCCGAGUGAGGCAUAAUGACAGUCAACUGUUUUUUUCUUUUCAUUUACGUAGUAGAUGUUUACUGUAAUAUUAUAUUGGAUGCUAACUGGGCUAGCAAACACUGCACACUGAGGGAGAACUUUUAAUUGGGCCCUGGUGGUGACCAACUAAAUAGAGAUAAAACAAACCCUGUUUCUUGUCUCUCUCUUUUUUUUUUUUACCUUAAAUCUGAGCAUUCUAAGUGAACGUCGUUCUGUUUUGGGGAUGACUUGGAAGUAGUGAUUUAGAUUAAACGUGUUCAGAUCUUUUAGACUUAAUUACAUUACGAUCUUUUUUUCAAUCAGUAGCGUCAUCCCCUCCUGGCCAUUAGAAGAACUGCUAGUAAAGGCACUUUGUUACUGGCCUUAGUUUGAAAUCUAGUGGCUAAAUCCACAUCUAAAAUACAGUCUGUGAUCUGUUAUCAAAGACACUAAAAGGAACAUAACCUUGAAGUAUUUGUUUUUAGGGAGAUGUAUUAAAAUGAUAUGAAAGCAAUGUCAUAUUUGAUGCAGUUGUAAACACAAGCGAGAUAAAAAAAAUAAAAAAAAAGACCUGUCUGGUUUAGGUCAUAUUUAUGACAUUGGUUCCUUUUUCCGCCUUGUUUUCUUUUAUUAUUGGCUUUUAAGAGUUCCAGAUAGUCGAGGUGUUUAAUAAAUGAACUGGUUGUGUAAUGAAGGAGUGCUGUGCACCUUUUACAAAGCUGACUCAGCAGCUAUUUCUAUGGACAUGUCACCCACACUGCAGCAUCAUGCUGUGCUUCAGCCAUUAUUCUUCCAUUGGUGGUUUGCGGCAUAAAAUACUACAAUCACAAAAUCAGUCCAGUCAGUUCCUUCUUUAUUGGUCGGUUAGAUUCUACAAAUUAAUGAUUGAAUUCUGAAUGUUGAAAAAAACAAAUGUCCCUAUCAAAAUAAUUUUGCAUUUUUUUAAAUGUGUAGUUUUAGAAAGCCUGUGUCGUGUAGAUUUCCAUUUUGUUGUAAAUAAAAAAAAGUCUUCUGUA